GCCCUUAAGAUCGUUGAAAAUUCAAAGUCGGCCCUAAACUCUGAUUCUAUUAGGUGAAACCGGUGAUUUCGAUCCAUGACCAGACGAAACCGGGCCCUGGGGGGAAGUAGAACCUGCCCAGACAGGACAACCGCCAAUUCCAAAUUUUCUUCGUAUUUUUUGUACAUUUUGGUGCUACCCCAGUUGGAGCAGAGAAGAGCUAGGAAGAGAAGAUGGAUCCCUGCAUUUACAAAGAUCCCUAUGCGCCUGUAGAAGCUCGUGUCAAAGACCUUCUUUCAAGAAUGACUUUGAAUGAGAAGGUUGCCCAGAUGACCCAAAUCGAGCGCGGCGUUGCCUCUCCCUACUAUCUUAGAGACUUGGCCGUUGGGAGUGUGCUUAGCGUUGGAGGUAGUGCACCCUUUAAGAAUGCGUUGUCCUCUGACUGGGCGGAUAUGGUUGAUGGGUUUCAAAGGCUGGCACUUGAUUCCCGGCUAGGUAUACCAAUUAUAUAUGGGAUUGAUGCUGUCCAUGGUAACAGUGGUGUCUAUGGUACCACCAUUUUUCCUCACAAUGUUGGCCUUGGAUCCACCAGAGAUGCAGAUUUGAUACGCAGGAUAGGCAUUGCAACAGCACUUGAAGUUAGGGCAAGUGGCAUUAAUUAUACUUUUGCACCCUGUGUGGCUGUAUGCAGAGAUCCCCGGUGGGGAAGAUGUUAUGAAAGCUAUAGUGAAGACACGGACACAGUUAGAAAGAUGACCUCUAUCAUUGCAGGCUUGCAGGGGCAGCCUCCUGAAGGACACCCAAAUGGCUAUCCUUUUGUAGCUGGAAGGAACAAUAUUAUUGCCUGUGCUAAGCAUUUUGUGGGAGAUGGGGGCACCUAUAGAGGUAUAAAUGAGGGGAAUACCAUACUGUCAUAUGAAGAUCUAGAGAGGAUCCACAUGGUUCCUUUUCUGGACUGUAUUUCGCAGGGUAUUUCCACAAUUAUGGCAUCCUAUUCUAGUUGGAAUGGACAUCAACUGCAUGCUCACCAUUUUCUUCUGACAGAAGUCUUAAAAGAUAAGUUAGGUUUUCAGGGUGUUGUGCUUUCUGACUGGGAAGCAUUGAACCGACUUAGCAAUCCUCGUGGCUCAAACUAUCGUUACUGCAUUUCUGCUGCUGUUAACGCUGGAAUUGACAUGGUGAUGGUGGGUCUUAAACAUGAACAAUUUGUGGAUGACCUGAUGCUUCUGGUGGAAUCAGGGGAGAUAACAAUGGCCAGAAUUGAUGAUGCGGUUGAGCGAAUACUGAGAGUAAAGUUUGUUGCAGGUCUUUUUGAAUAUCCCUUUGCUGAUAGAUCUUUACUAGAUUUGGUUGGUUGCAAGCUGCAUAGAGAAUUGGCAUGUGAAGCAGUUCGCAAGUCUUUGGUUCUCUUGAAAAAUGGGAAGGAUCCAAAGAAACCUUUUCUUCCAUUGCAUAAAAAUGCUAAAAAGAUUCUUGUCACGGGAACACAUGCUGACGAUCUUGGAUAUCAGUGUGGAGGGUGGACCAUAACUUGGUAUGGAGGAAGCGGCAAUAUUACUAUUGGGACUACUAUCUUGGAUGCUAUAAAAAAUGCGGUGGGAGGGGAAACAGAAGUGAUUCAUGAGAAAUAUCCAUCGCCAGACACUUUAGCAGGCCAAGAUUUUUCUUAUGCCAUUGUAGCUGUUGGAGAAGAUCCAUAUGCAGAAUUCACUGGUGAUAAUUCAGAGCUCCUGAUACCCUUCAAUGGAGCUGAUGUUAUUAGCUCAGUUGCUGAUAGAAUCCCCACCUUGGUAAUUUUGAUAUCUGGAAGACCUUUAGUUUUAGAGGCAUGGCUCUUGGAAAAGAUAGAUGCUUUUGUUGCUGCUUGGUUGCCUGGAACUGAAGGAGCAGGAAUCGUAGAUGUUAUAUUUGGAGACUAUGAAUUUAAGGGCAAACUGCCUGUAACAUGGUUUAAGAAGGUUGAACAGCUGCCUAUGAAUAGUGGAGAUAACUCAUAUGAUCCUUUAUUUCCCUUUGGUUUUGGGUUGACAUACAACGAGGAGAAAUCUUUAGACUGAAUUACUUGAAGAUUAAGGCUGGCCCAAGGUCCACGUUUCCUGAAUAAAUUAUGGCUGCAAAUAGAUGCUUCAUAAGUUCCUGCAUUUAGUUCUAGUAACUAGUGUUUUCUCGUCACACCCUUCAAGUGUGGAUUUAUUUUACCGUGAUCCAUGUCCAUUAGUCAUAAUCAUGUCACCAUUGUAUAGGGCCAGUAUUUGUUUCUUGUCCAAGUUGAUUCAUGGUUGGUUGAAAAGAGAUAGUCAACUUGGUAGUUAAAUAAAGAUAGUCGAGCUGGCAAUGAUCAGUUGUGUAUGUGAAUAUGUGUAUAGUGUAGAGAUGCGCAGGAUCGCCUCAUUGCACAAGGGCUUACAUCUGUCAAUAAAAAAAGGUUCAGAAGACGGCAGUAUCAGAUUCCCAACCAGUAUUAUUGAUCAUGGUAUGUCCCUUUUAUUAUACCAUUUUAUCUUGUCCAAAGAUGCCUCAAAUAGUGGAGCUGGUAGUGUAGUCUAUUUGUUUUACUUGAAGGGGUACGAAAUAUUUUUGUGGUUCUAUUAUUUAUGUUAUUGAGAUUAAUGCAUCCUCUGUUUUCAUCUUU